CAAACGGGUCAGACGCGAGGAACAGCGAAAUACUUGUGCUGCAUUUCAGCACAGAGCGAAGGCGGCCAGUCACAACCGUGGAUAGUAUAAGCUGCAGCUAUUUGCAGCGUGGCGAUGUCAUUUCUUCAGUGAAUUCCAUUCUCCAGGAUUCCAGGACUUUGCGAUCCAUGCGAAAAGGCAGAGGCCAGCGAGGCCUUUUCCUCAACUGAUAUGCACAUGGGAAUUACAAUAUGUCCCACUCAUAGUUACAAGGAGGUCGGUUAUUUUUGAAACGCCGCACCCGUGUGCAAAGAGAGAGAUCAGAUUCCUAAAACAGAGCAGAGAGAGAGAGAAAGAGGGAUCUUGCUGAAGAAAUUCCUUCGGUCAAUUAGACAACGGUGAAGAAUACAGAAAAAACUAUGAAACUCAGCGUGCUUCUUUUCAUCGCCGGGCUGUUUGGAGCUCUCGGAGUUUUACUCUUUUUAGUUGCUUUCGGCACAGAUUACUGGCUGCAGGCCACUGAAACAUGUCCUUCUGUCCGAAAUAGCACGGAUUCAAUCCCCGCAGAGAAGGGAGAUAUCAUUGUGCCUUCCCAUAGAGCUGGUGCCAUUUUUCACCAUGAGGGCUUCUUCUGGAGAUGUUGGUUCAAUGAAGCUGUGGUCGAUGACAACAUUUGGAAGUUCUGGUUCACUAACCAACCUCCUUUGAAAUAUUGUAUGCACGCCUAUCUCCUCCCGUUCCCUCUGACAACGGAUUCAUACAACUCCACUACUUAUGAGACAGCUAUCAUUUACCGUGGUUUCUGGUCAGUAUUUAUGAUGUUGGGUAUCAUUGCUGUCACAGUGGGAGGCUUUAUCAUCAUCUGUGCAGUUCCAUUUCCUAAUCAUAAGCUCUACAAAGCAGGAGGGGGACUAUUUCUAUCUGCUGGAAUUUUAUUUACAGUACUUGUUAUUAUGUAUGUCAUCUGGAUCGAAACUGUGAUUGAUAUUCAAGAAUACAUUCAGAAGCAAAGAAUUCAGCUCUGUCCUGAUUUUACGCUAAACAUUCAAUAUGGAUGGUCCUUCAUAAUUGCAGCCAUUGGGAUUUUCUUCUCACUGUUCUCAGGCUUGCUGUUCCUCCUUGCAGGCCACGCUAUUCACAUUCAUUAUGAUUGAGAGACUGCUCUUGUUUUGCUUUGCAGAAUUAGAAAUCAAUUAUUUUAAUACAAGCAGUUUGCUAAAUAUACACAUUGGAAAUGAAAGUUUACUUCUCUAUAUUUCCAAACAGCAUUUUUGAUUAUUCUCUUCUUAUACUGUAUAGCUUUUGUCCUGCUAACUAUUUGGAAGUACGCUGGAAAGUAAAAUUAAUAGUAGCCUCAAACCAAAUGUUUUAAAGUCUUGCAGUUAGGUUUUAACAGCUAUUAAAUAUCCCAUCCCAUCUAAUGCUUAGAAAGACAGUAUUAUUCUGUUUAACAAGUUGCAAUGCAUUUACACCUACUCUGAGGAAUUAACAUUUUCUUGAUUUCUCCUAAGACAAAUAUUAAAGAAUAGCGUGACAUAGUAAGUACAAUGUUUUAAAGAAUUCAUGAAUUUUAGGAACUGAAUUCAGAUCAUUUCUGUGGUUUUCAAUGUCUAAUGAUUCCAGGAACAGUUUUGAUAUGCACAUCGAACAGUUAUCCAUUGGAAAUAGAGCCUACCAAUUACCAACAUAAGUAUGUGUUGCCAGUAAUUAUACUAUGCAUCAGCUGUCAAAGCACCAAUUAAGCUCAUUGACUGAUGUCAGGUUAAUCUAAAUGUGGUGUAUUUCUCAUUUUGUACAGGUGUUACCUACAAGUACAUGGAAUCUGUGGAAUAAACCAUUUGCUAAACUCA